UUGAUAAUGACUCCAGCUGGUAGCGUGCAAACAGUUCUCGGGUCAACGGAACUGUCUAAGCUCGGCAGAACACUAACUCACGAGCAUCUGGCGCUGGAUUUUGACAAAUUCUACGUUCCGCCGCCUCGGGAACUUUCGAAGCACUUUAGAGCCAACUUUGAUAUAGGGAACCUCGGGUUCGUCAGACAGUACCCUUACAGCAGUCGUUACAAUGUUACUUUUAAUGAUGUAGAUACUAGGAAGGCUAUUUUCGAGGAGAUUAAAUUAUUCAAGUUACACGGCGGUGGGACUAUUGUGGAGAACACUAGUCAUGGAAUUAAACGCGAUAUUCCGUUGAUGGUUCAAGUUAGUCAACAGAUUGGUGUUAAUAUUAUAGUUGGUACCGGUCAUUAUGUCGAAGCCUGUCAGAAGGAUUUAAUAAAUGAAGAGCAAAUGUACAAUUUAAUCUUGAAGGAAUUAACAGAGGGUUGUGAAGAAUAUCCGAGUAUCAAGGCAGGAUUUAUCGGCGAAGUUGGAAGUUCUUGGCCGAUAACUGAGUUUGAAAAAAAGGCGAUACGUGCUACAGCUAAAGUCCAGAAACAACUAAACUGCCCAGUGUCUUUCCACCCCGGAAGGAAUUCCCAAGCGCCUUUUGAAAUAAUGAGAAUUUAUCUAGAAGCUGGUGGUGAUAGCAAGAAAGCUGUCAUGUCUCAUUUAGACAGAACGCUGAUGAAAAAAGACGAGCUUUUAGAGUUCGCGAAACUGGGCUGUUACACCCAAUUUGAUUUGUUCGGGACUGAGUGCUCGUACUACCAGCUGGAUGAGAAGACAGACAUGCCUUCGGAUGCUCAGAGACUUGAUAGGAUUGGGUGGAUAAAGCAGGAUCGUGGAGUCGAGCAGGUUCUCAUGAGUCACGAUAUUCAUACCAAGCAUCGACUGGUUCAAUUUGGAGGACAUGGCUACUCUCAUAUUUAUACAAACAUUCUACCCCGAAUGCCAGCCAGGGGAUUUACUGCUCAAGAAAUUGAUACUAUUACUAUUGACAAUCCUAGAAGAUGGUUGGCUUAUUAA